GUUAACUGUUAACAGGUCUACUGGUCUACUGGUUAACUGUUUACUGGUUAACUGUUUACUGGUUGACUGUUUACUGGUUAACUGUUUACUGGUUAACUGUCUACUGGUUAACUGUCUACUGGUUAACUGUCUACUGGUUAACUGUCUACUGGUUAACUGUCUACAGAUGGAGGCGUUCAGCAGGCUGGGCAGCAUGCUGCUACACGCUCUAGAGACGAGGGAGCCUACAGUGGACCUGUUGGAGUCCUUUGUGGAUCAUUGGAAAGCAAUAACAAACUAUUACAUCAAGACGACAGAUGACAGUACUCCUGUCACACAGACGGAGGUUCCGUGGCGUCUCAGACAGAUGUUGGACAUUCUGGUGUACGAAGAGAAACAACAGGUGGAGGACACAGGACCAUGUAUGGAGUAUCUGCUGCAACACAAACUGUUGGAGACUCUGUGCACUCUGGGGAAGGCUCAGUAUCCUCCAGGCAUGGUUCAGCAGGUCUUGUUGUUCUUCUCUAAGUUGUUGUCUCAGAUCCAGAAGCCUCUGCUGCAGCUGGUCAACGUCUACAGACCUGUGCAGAAGCUGAUUGAUCUCUGUGCACUUCCUGGUUCCCACACUGAGAAGGAGGAAGCUCAAUUCUUAUUGGUGAUCUGCUCCAGAGUGAAACAGGAUCCGCACACGCUCAGAUACAUCUUACAGAUUCUGGAUAAACCAGCAGCCAUGAAACCAGCUUCUGACCAAUCACAGCACUCAAACCUCCAAUCACAAGCCUCCAAUCACAAGAAAGAGCCGACACUGCCCUCCAGCCAAUCGGAUUCAUCUACCUGCAGCCCCGUCCAAUCAGAGUCCCGUCUGCUGUCAGCUCUGCUGCAGCUUGCCAAGAGUCAGAGGGCUUCGGUGUGUCUGAAGGCCUAUGAAAGCCUCCUGCUGCUGUCUGCUCUCCAGUCUGAAUCUUCAGGGGAGAUUCUGGCCAAUCAUACCCAGCUGGGAGAGCUGCUAGCUGGGAGGCUGCUGCAGCUUUACUCCCUGCUGCCCCUGGAGAGUCUGGAUCCUGGAGAGGUGCAGAGCUGGCCUCAUACGCCAUGGAGCUCUCAGUUCUCCCGCUGCAGCUCUGAUCUCAGGUCUUCUGCUGCUGAUCACGUGACCAACUUCUUCUCUUGGCUGGACUUCCUGGACCACCUGAUGAGAGAAGCUCCUCAGGUGUUAGCAGUGAAGCUAGCUCAGUGUGUCCAUCGGUUUUGGUUGUUUGACGUUCUUCAGCCUCAGCUGCUGCACACGUGUGAGGAGGUGGUCCUUGUCUCCACCUCCAUCCUCUGUGUUGCUGUCAGAUUGGUCCAGUCUUCAUCUCUGCUGGAUGUCCUGGUUCACUUCGUGCUGAGAACACACACACUGACUGACCUGCUGCUGCAGCGAUGCGACCACAUCUCUGACCAGAUCAGUUUGGCGUCUCUGUCUCUGGUGGAAGAGUUACUACAGAAGCCUCACAGAGACAUUCUGGAUGAGCUGGUGUUGAGUUUCCUGCAGAGUCGUAGUUACCUGUCUCUACCUGCUGCAGGACAGGACGACAGGUACACUGAGAGCCAUGAGGCCAAUGAGGACAUCGAUGGUCUGGAGGAGGACCCGUUCUUCUCCGACAGCUUGUUGUUCUCAGACAGUCAGCUCCUUCCUCCUCUCUCUGGUCUGGGAUCAGCUUCUGAUGUUGUCAACAGUUUCCUGUGUUUGGUUCCAGUUCAGGUUCGAUCAGCUCAGCUGCUGCAGGAGGGAGGAUACGAGUCGUAUGUCCACGACGCUCACACACUGGUGACCGAGUGUCAGUCUCUCUCUCUGUCGUGGAAUUGGCCGCUUAGUCUUCUUCCUCCCUCUUCAGGUGAGGGGGAGGAGUUCUUCGAAGGUCACCUGCUGAAAGUUCUGUUUGACCGACUGGGACGCGUCCUGGAGCAGCCGUACGAGUUGAACCUGAAAUUGACGGCAGUUCUGUCCAGACUGUCGGCCUUCAACCACCCGCUGCUGCACGAAUACCUGCUCAACCCCUACAUACACCUGUCUCACUGCUCCAGGUCGCUCUUCUCUGUCCUCAUCAGGUUGAUGGGAGAGUUGAUGCAGAGGAUUGAACAGGUUUCCAACCUGACAGACAGACUGUUGAACACCAGGAGAGACCUGCUCGGACUGAACCACAACACCGGGCUGGAGCACUUGACCUUGAUGAGAGGACUCGUCGUCCUUGAGGAGUUCUGUAAGGAGCUUGCCGCCAUUGCCUUUGUCAAACUGCCCCUGGACCAGCGGUGACCCACCUGGACCAGCGGUGACACACCUGGACCAGCGGUGACCCACCUGGACCAGCGGUGACACACCUGGACCAGCGGUGACCCACCUGGACCAGCGGUGACACACCUGGACCAGCGGUGAAUUCUUCUACCUGAUCCUGUAUGAAGUGGAUCAGGUAACUCUGCUGGUCCACCUGGACUGAACAUGUGGACCUUUUGACGUUUCUGAGGCGACCCUGAACGUCUCGUUGUCUCUGCCUUAAUCAUCUGUCUCACUUCACCCUGAUUUUACAGUCUGACAUCACUGUGAUGUCACAGUGAUGUCACUGUGAGCCUCCAGAGACUGUCCAGAGCUGGAUAGAGCUGCUGAGUGGAGAGACCUGGAAUCCCCUGAAGCUGCACUACCAGCUGAGAGCCGUGAUGUCACAGUGACGUCACAGCCUGCACUCAAACAGCAGUUUUAUUUAUUUAUUAUCGUUUUAAUAAUAUUUCAUUAUGAAGCAGAGUCUCUGUUUAUAGCAGAUCAAUAAUAAUAUCAAUAAUAAUAAUAUGUCUCCUCAGCAGGAAACUCGAUGAUGAUGACUCGAUAAU